GUUAAUCAUUUCCUGUGGAAAGUGUGCGGGAGGGGCGGGCGCGGGGCGGAGCGGGGCGGGCCGAGAGGCGGCGGCGGCGCGGAGCGACCUCCUGCCAGCGGCCGGGCCGGGCCCCCGGCGCUGCGGCGACAAGGAGAUCCUGCCUCCGCCUGGCCGGUCGCCCAGUGCGGAGGGAAGGCUGCUGAGCCUCGGGCCAUGGUCCCAUCUCCCCGGCCCUGGACCCAGGGAGCCACGCCCUCACUGCAGGCCCUGUGGAGAGUGGGCCGGGCCCUGGAGCCGGAGCUGGGGAUGGCCCGCCCCGCCCCAGCCAGCCCGGCUGCCCGCCCUUUCCCACACACCGGCCCGGGGAGGUUGAGAACUGGGCGUGGAAAAGACACCCCGGCUGGCAGCGAGGAGGACGCCAGUGUCCGAAGUGCCACGCGUCCUGCCCUAGCUCAGUGCCGAACCCUCAGCUUGGACUGGCCUGGCCCACGGAGCCCCCGCAGGCUCUACCUGGCUGUGCAGGUGGAGAACCUGAAGGAGAAACUCAUCAGCCAGGCCCAGGAAGUGAGCCGCCUUCGGUCCGAGCUGGGCGGCGCCGACGUGGAGAAGAACCGGGACCUGCUGAUGGUGGAGAAUGAACGACUGAGGCAGGAGAUGCGGCGCUGCGAGACGGAGCUGCAGGAGCUGCGGGCCAACCCGGGGGUGCCCUGCCUGGGCUGUGAGCACAGCCAGGAGAGUGCCCAGCUCCGAGACAAGCUGUCCCAGCUGCAGCUGGAGGUGGUGGAGAACAAAGGCAUGCUUUCGGAGCUGAACCUGGAGGUGCAGCAGAAGACUGACCGGCUGGCCGAGGUGGAGCUGCGGCUCAAGGACUGCCUGGCCGAGAAGGCGCAGGAGGAGGAGCGGCUCAGCCGGCGCCUGCGUGACAGCCACGAGACCAUUGCCAACCUGCGGGCCCAGCUGCCCCCCGUCAAGUACGUUGUCAAGACAGUGGAGGUGGAGUCCCCCAAAAUCAAGCAGGCCCUCAGUGAGUCGCAGAGCCGCAACCAGCACCUGCAGGAGCAGGUCGCCAUGCAGCGGCAGGUGCUGAAGGAGAUGGAGCAGCAGCUGCAGAGCUCGCACCAGCUGACGGCCCAGCUCCGGGCGCAGAUCGCCAUGUACGAAUCGGAGCUGGAGCGGGCGCACGGGCAGAUGCUGGAGGAGAUGCAGUCCUUGGAGGAGGACAAGAACCGGGCCAUCGAGGAGGCCUUCACCAGGGCCCAGGUGGAGAUGAAGGCCGUGCAUGAGAACCUGGCAGGUGUCAGGACCAACCUGCUGAUGCUGCAGCCAGCGCUGCGCACCCUCACCAACGACUACAACGGGCUCAAGAGGCAGGUGCGCGGCUUCCCCCUGCUGCUGCAAGAUGCCCUCAAGAGCGUCAAGGCUGAGAUCGGCCAGGCCAUCGAGGAGGUCAACAGCAACAACCAGGAGCUGCUGCGCAAGUACCGCCGGGAGCUGCAACUGCGCAAGAAAUGCCACAACGAGCUGGUGCGGCUGAAAGGGAACAUCCGGGUGAUCGCCCGAGUCCGACCAGUCACCAAAGAGGAUGGGGAAGGGCCUGAGGCGGCCAAUGCCAUCACCUUCGAUCCUGACGACGACUCCAUCAUCCACCUGCUGCACAAAGGAAAACCAGUGUCCUUCGAGCUGGACAAGGUCUUCUCCCCGGAGGCCUCACAGCAGGACGUGUUCCAGGAAGUGCAGGCCUUGAUCACCUCCUGCAUUGAUGGCUUCAAUGUCUGCAUCUUCGCCUAUGGCCAGACAGGCGCUGGCAAGACGUAUACAAUGGAGGGGAGCCCCGAGAACCCGGGCAUCAACCAGCGGGCCCUGCAGCUGCUGUUCUCGGAGGUGCAGGAGAAAGCGUCCGACUGGGAGUACACCAUCACCGUCAGUGUGGCCGAGAUCUACAAUGAGGUCCUCAGGGACUUGCUGGGGAAGGGGCCGCAGGAGAAGCUGGAGAUCAGGUUGUGCCCGGACGGCAGUGGGCAGCUCUACGUGCCCGGGCUGACCGAGUUCCAGGUGCGGAGCGUGGAUGACAUCAACAAGGUGUUCGAGUUCGGCCACAGCAACCGCACAACGGAAUUCACAAACCUGAACGAGCACAGCUCCCGCUCGCACGCCCUGCUCAUCGUGACGGUGCGGGGUGUGGACUGCAGCACGGGCCUGCGCACCACAGGGAAGCUGAACCUGGUGGACCUGGCCGGCUCCGAGCGAGUGGGCAAGUCGGGGGCAGAGGGCAACCGGCUGCGGGAGGCACAGCACAUCAACAAGUCCCUGUCGGCCCUGGGGGACGUCAUCGCUGCCCUGCGCUCGCGCCAGGGCCACGUGCCCUUCCGCAACUCCAAGCUCACGUACCUGCUGCAGGACUCGCUCAGCGGGGACAGCAAGACCCUCAUGGUGGUGCAGGUGUCCCCCGUGGAGAAGAACACCAACGAGACGCUCUACUCCCUCAGGUUUGCUGAGAGGGUGCGCUCUGUGGAGUUGGGCCCCGUGUCUCGUCGGGCAGAGCUGGGGUCCUGGUCAAGCCAGGAGCAUCUGGAGUGCGAAUCUGCCUGCCAGAUGCCCCAGCCCACUGCCCGAGCCCACUCGGCACCCGGCUCUGGGACCUCCAGCCGACCUGGCUCCAUUCGGAGGAAGCUACAGUCCUCAGCCUGACGGCUGGGGCUGCACUGU